UUUGCAGAGCUGCGCGCUGACUGCCAGCCCAGCCGGGAAUGCGGGAUGCCAGGCCAGGCCGCGGCCCAGGACGACGACCUCUGCACGCUGAAUCCCGGGCCCCCGACGGGCCGAGGUCCAGGCCCGGGACUGGACGCACCGCGCAUGGACGACGCCCCAGGUUCCCCAACUCCUGGAGGGGGCGGAGAUGAUGUCCCUGAAGAAAGUGCAAGUGAGUCACCCAGGCGGCUUUCGAGAGAACAGAUUUUUGUACUGAUAUCGGCGGCUUCUAUGAAUUUAGGGUCCAUGAUGGCCUAUUCAAUCCUAGGACCCUUUUUUCCCAAGGAGGCUGAAAAGAAGGGAGCCAGCAACACUAUGAUUGGUAUGAUCUUUGGGUCUUAUGCCUUAUUUGACUUGCUGGCAUCUUUGAUAUUUGGAAAAUAUCUUGUAUGUAUUGGAGCAAAAUUUAUGUUCAUAGCAGGAAUAUUUGUCUCAGGAGCAGUUACAGUUCUCUUUGGUGUCUUGGACCAACUUCCAGAUGGACCAAUAUUUAUUGCUAUGUGUUUUCUAGUAAGAAUAGUGGAUGCAAUAAGUUUUAGUGCAGCAAUAACUGCGUCAGAUGCCAUCCUGGCAAAGGCUUUUCCAAAUAACUUGGCUACAGUAUUGGGAAGUCUUGAGGUCUUCUCUGGACUGGGACUAGUUCUGGGUCCUCCUUUAGGUGGAUUUUUGUAUCAGUCCUUUGGCUAUAAUAUACCUUUUAUUUUUCUGGGAUGCAUAGUUCUGUUGAUGAUACCACUUAACAUAUGUAUUGUACCAAAUUAUGAGUCUGAUCCCAGUGAACACUCCUUCUUGAAACUUGUCAGUAUCCCCAAGGUUUGCUUGAUAGCCCUCGUCAUCAUCUCCUGCAGUUCUUGUAUGGGCUUCCUCGACCCUAUUCUGUCUCUUUUUGUCUUGGAGAAGUUUCAUUUGCCAGCUGGAUAUGUGGGAUUGGUCUUCCUGGGUUUGGCACUGGCCUAUGCCAUUUCUUCACCAUUGCUUGGCGUGCUAAGUGAUAAAAUUCCAAAACAAAGGAAAUGGCUCCUGGUGUUUGGCAAUCUAAUCACAGCAGGCUGUUACAUGCUCUUAGGGCCUGUCCCAAUUUUUCACAUUAAAAGCCAGCUGUGGUUGCUAGUGCUGGUAUUAGUUGUAAUCGGCAUCUCUGCUGGAAUGAGCAUAAUCCCAACUUUCCCCGAGAUUCUCAGCUGUGCAUAUGAAAAUGGAUUUGAAGAAGGAUUAAGUACACUGGGACUCGUAUCUGGUUUCUUUGGGGCCAUGUGGUCAGUUGGUGCUUUUAUGGGACCGAUGCUGGGUGGAUUUCUGUAUGAGAAAAUUGGUUUUGAAUGGGCAGCAGCUAUCCAAGGUCUGUGGUCUCUGAUAAGUGGACUAGUGAUGGGCUUCUAUUAUCUUCUGGAGUAUUUCAGAAACAAAAGGUCUAAAUCUCAAGACACUGAUAACACAGAAGAUGAGCAAACUGACCUUUUGCCUGAUGAAAGCUAGCCUCACAAGUCUUGAUACAAGAUUGGGAGAUAGGUUCUCCUGGCCUUGAACGUCACUGCCAGAAGUGUUUCUUAGUUUUACAUACAGAACUUUGUGGGCCUCACACUCACAGUUUUGCAAGGGUCAACAUAUAUUUUGGACAAUUCCUUGUUGGACUAAACUUACAGUUGUCUUGAAAAGUUAGCUUAUUGAGCCAGCUGUAUUUGAAGAGUUAACUAUAAGAAAGGGAAUGACAAAUCAGCAAAAGUUUGUGGAUUUUUAAAAAAUGCCAGUAUUAGGGCUUGAACUCAGGGACUCAUGUUCUCCUUUGCCUUUAAUGGUUACAGCUGGUGCUCUACCAAUUGUGCCAUGACUCCAAUCUAGUGGGUUUUUUCUGGUUAAUUAGACAUGCAGUCUCACAGACUUUUCUUUCUGGGUUGGCUCCAAACUUCAAUCCUCCAUGUCUCAGCCUUCUGAAUAGCCUGAGUAGCAUGAUUACAGGCAUAAGACACGGGCACCCAGCUAAAGUUUGUGUAUUUUAGUCACCAAUAUUGGAUCUGGCUUUUUUGUUUCUUCUGUUUACUAUUUAUUCUAAAGAACUGUUUCUAUGAAUGUAUCUUUUCAGUUAAUAGGAAAAGUGAGGUGAUUUGAUAUGUACUAUACACAUAAAGUUAACUUGAAAUAAAAUAAAUAAUUUUUAUGAAAUCCA